CUCGUCCCUGCACAAUGGGAUGCUCCCGAAUCCCUGGCUGCUGUGAAGGAUCAGAGAUCAGCGUGACCAGAGGGGAGCCUGGGGCUAUCCUGAUCAGGGUCCAGGAUCUCCAGUGCUCAUCAUGCUGCAGAGGGCAACCCCGCUGGGGUCCCUUGGAUCUCCCCUCGCUGCGGAGCCUUGCACCCACCAGGGCUUCCAACUGGAGACAUUUCUGGAGGGCAUGAAUCAGCUUUUCACAGCUUGUUAAAAAUCUUGAUCCUACCUCUUGUUUUCAUGCCUUUCAAAUCAGGAAAUGAGUUUUACAACUUUUCCAGUGGGGCACAGCUGGUGGCCAGGGUCGUAAAGCUGAACUUUAUAAAUAUCUCUUGUUGGGAUCAGGAGAGCAUUAAAAAGGCGCUCAGAGCGAGAAGGGAAGAAGCAAAGGCAAUAGAGAAGCAAGGCAACCUCGGUGAAGACGAGCUCAACGCUGACCAUGGCCAUGCGAGCACAGAAGAUGGGGUGUGCUUGGCUUUGCCUGCUGCUCUCCCUCCUCCUCCAGCUGCCGGGCUCCCAGGCCAAAUGUUACUUCCAAGCUAAAGCUCCCUGCGAGUACGAGGGGAAGCAGUUCUCCCUUGGGGAGUCGUGGCUGAGCACCAACUGCCUGCUCUGUACCUGCCUGCACCCCGUUGGCGUGGGCUGCUGCGAGACUACCCAGCACCCCAUUGACUUCCCUGACUGGUGUGAAGCCCACUAUGACUCACAGACGUGCCAGAUCUCGGUGGUGCAGAAGGCCAACCCCAGCCUGCCCUGUGUGAAGAGCCUGGAGCAUGAGUGGGGCUCACCCGGCACCCCCGAGCCGCUCAUCAACAAGGUGCUGAGUGCAAGGCUGAGCAGAUAAAAGGCUCAGCAGCACCCCGUGCCCCCCUGGCAUCCAUCACGUUCCACACCUCCCGCAUGCUCCAGACCUGCCCCGUCCUGUAGAGACAUCACUGCUGCCACCUUCGAGGGAAACCACUAUGCACACACUAUGGUACUGAGUUAACAUUUACACCCUAGCGCUGCCACGGUACGGCUUUGCUUCUGCCUUCAGCUCCCUGAACAGAAAGAGGCCCUCCUCCUCAAGAGAUGCUCUGCACACCAUGGGAAGGUAGAUCCUAUGGGAUCUCCUCCCAGGUGGGCAGGAAACCUCCAGCUACUGAGGAAAGAGAUACAGGACCAAACACAUCCUUGCGCUGUACUCCCACAUUUAGCCUCAAGCUAAGCAGCUCCUUCCUCCCUCCCAGACCUCUGUCCCCCUGCACAGCAGCCACUGGGAGCUCACUGGGGAGCACUGUGUAUGCAGGACCCACACACCUCAGCCAGCCCCUUCUCUGCCCCAGAGCACGAGGGGCACAACACACCUCUGGAACCACUAACACCCCUGCUCCCACAGCUCCCAGGGCUGGAGGGGAUCCCCAGCACUGCAGGCCAGCCCUGGGCAACAUUGCAAUGGAGCCAGCCCAGAGCGGGUGGCAGAGCAGGAGAACCACUAAAUGUCUCCAGGGGAGGCCCCAUGCCCUGCUGCAGGGUGCCCUGCCAGGUUUCAGGGAGCUGAAGUUAAUCCACACGUGCCAGGAUGGAGCUGGCCAUCCUGGCUGCCUGCCCCUGCUGGUGCCAUGCCUUGUGCUGCGCAGAGCCUUGUGUAGAUGUUUCUGUUCUUGCAAUAAAGGUAUUAAACAAA